AUGGUGGCGUGUGCACGUGGCUGUACAGCCACUGAUUAUUUCGGUGCGACCAAUCGACGAUGGAGUAAACAAGAUUAUUUAUAUUACGCAAAAGUGUCUCACCGUUUUCCUCAGGUCGGCCACAGAAUUGCUCAUAAACACGGUUUCGUGGUCGAACAACCAGAGACCUUGCAGUCAUAUAUUGACCCAAUGAAAACAAACACAUACAAGCGACUCACGGAGAGGCAAAUCCGAAAUCGACUGUCCAAAUUGAGCACAGAUGAACAGCAAAUCUUUCUUCGUUUCUCCGAACCAUUACUCCAUCGGGAAUCGUCAGUUUGUCUGUCAGCGCUUGCUUCAUGCCGCCAGUCAAUAGCAGACGCUCUUGUGACGGUGAAAGAUCUGGAACGUUACGACGGUGAAGAGGCAGACAAAGCGAGCCCGGAGUUCGCAUCAGCGUUCCAAUCUCCUAAUCUGGCUGCUGACAAGUUGGAAACUAUGGCACCAGCAUCAAAGUAACCAUUAUCGAAGACGGUAGCAACCGGAAUCGCUGGUAUCAUGCCAGAACAAAAAGGUGAGAUCGCACAACAGCCAUGCCUAUACUGACCCCCUCAUCUCGUACAGUCACACAAGCACACACCUGUACACCAGACAAAUUUGGUACUGCACGC